CAUGGCAGUGCCGUGCCUGGCGUUCGUCAGCCACACGCCCCCAAGUCCGGACCCGUGUCGCGUCCCUGUCAGCAUGCUGUCAGUGCGCCCCUCCCGCUGUGGGCACACUGUGGGUCCCCACACUGCGGGCCCCACGCAGUCACGCAGUCAGAGACAUGAGGCGGGCGUCGCUGCUGCUGCCGCUGCUGCUCGUGGUGGUUAAGCUGCCACACUCGUCCGCCGCCGAGGACCCCAACGAAAGCACGGAAUGGAUCCCGGCGCUGCGGCGCAAGGUGUGGCGGCGGUACGCGCUGUCCAGCGACGCGGCCAACUGGGAGGGCGGCGUGGCGCCGUGCCAGGGGGACGCCGUCGAGUUCCCCCGGGACAUGCGCGGCGCCACGGCCACCCUGCAGGACGCCGACAGGCCGAGUGAGCUGGUGAGGCUGCGCGCCGUGAGGCUGCCCUGGAAGGGCGUGGUCAGCCUGCCCCUGACCGGCGGCGUCGUCCUGGGCGGCGAGGACUUCCGGGGCAGCGCCUGCCCGGGCAGAGACUUGCGGUGGCGCGUGCCGAAGAGCAAGCCCGCCUGGCUGGACCCCGCCAACUGGGUGACCGCCGGCGUCCUGGACGGCGACAUGGAGGCCGUGCCGCACCUGCAGCGCAUCCCCUGCGGCCAGGACGUCGCCGACUUCCAGCACCUCGCCGUGGACAUCGCGUUCCCCGAGACCCACACCGCGGUGGGGCUGGUGCUGCUUGACGGGGCCGUGAUCCGCUCCAGCAUCGAGUUGGCCCUGGAGCACGUGUCCGCCUUCUCAAACCUGUUCGUCAUGGACUUCCUCACGUUCAGGGCGACGUCCCUCCGCGAGGUCGCCACCCUGGAGGAGCAGUGCGGCUUGGUGCCCGGCGCGUGGACGCGCGACGCCGCGCAGGCCGCCGCGGACGACCUGCAGCACGCCGUGUGCAGCCACGUGACGUGCCCCCCGCCGGCGUGCGCGCGCCCCGUGCGGCCGCACCACCACUGCUGCCACGUCUGCGGUGGGUCCUGCAUCGCCUCGUUGCUCUGUCUCUCUCGCCCCCAUGGAGAUCGCCUUGAGGACGUGCGCCGCGUGGUGGCGUCCGAGGCCACGCGCUACGACGUCCGCUGGGGGCAGCGGCCCGCCGUGCACGUGGGCGUCGUGCCCUCCCCGCGCGGCGAGCCGGCCGUCGUGCAGGUCGUCAUCCUGGGCCGCGACGCCGAGGACCUGUCGCACCCUGACAGGGGGCGCCCGCUCUGUGGGUGCAAGAGAGACAGAGGGGCGUAUCAGCAGGUUGUUUCCGAACAGCGCCCCGUCGCUCUGUCUCUCUCGCACUCCCAUGGGACGGGGCGACGAGAGCAUUGCAUUGUUCCCGAGCCCGGUUCUACGUCACCGCUUGCCGCAGAGCUGUCCGGCUUGGCGGCGUCCUCGCAGCAGUCCGGCGCGGCCAUGGCGCCCGCCACCGCGGCCUCGGUGCUCGGCGUGCUGCUGGGCACGCUGCUCCUGGCCGUCGUGGCCAUCGCCGUGCUGCUCUACUUCCAGGACCGCAGCCUCCCCAUAGCGACGCGCCUGGCAGACUUGCUCGGCGAAAAGCAGUCGGCGUUCCUCUUCGCGAGGUUCGAGAACACGCCGGGCGAGGAGGACAACGGCGUCGUGGUCAACGUGCAGGGCAAGCAGCCCGCCCCCGGGGUGCGGUCGGCGCGCGGUAGCUGGUCGGCGCGCUCCUUCAGGAACCCGCUCUUCGAGGAGGAGCACCCCGACGAGCAGGACGUGCUGCACCGCGAGAGGGCCGCGUCGCGCGGCGUGACGCACGAGAACCCCCUCUUCUCCGAGCUGCAGCGGCGCGCCGGCCCGGCGGGCCCUGAGGACCGCGUCGACGAGGACGGCGGCGUCCUGGAGCUCGGCGAGGAGCAGGCCGGAGGCGGCAGCACGACGGAGGCCUUGGCGGAGACUGCCCCUGCUGCGGAGGCCGCGGCGACAACCCUGGUGGACGUGACACUGUAGGCCGCAGGGCGCGGCGGCGCGACACUGCAGGGCACUGAACUGCACGUGCAUGGCCUUCAAUGAUAUUGCACCUCAAGCCCCGGUGCACUUCUUAGUUAUACCUAAGAAGCCAAUUCCUUCCCUUUCUGCAGCGGAGGACAGCGAUGAAAGGUUGUUGGGACAUCUUAUGAUCAUUGCGAGACGC